AUGAUUGUUAUAAAAAUAAAGAUGUCAUACAGGUUCGGUUGUCUAAGAGAACGAUCGCGCUCUCCCAUUAGAAGAAAUCAAACUGGUGCAAACAGUUUUCCAACAACAUUUUCCCCACACAAAUUCCAUAAUGACUUCUCAGCUUCUGAUUCAGCUCGAGAAAUCAGCUUGCCUCACCCACAUGAUUUACCAUUAGAAAUUCCACAAACAUUAACCUUCGAACUGAGGAAUCCUCAAGAGGUUGAUUACCUAGCCACAAAGCUAUCAGAAGAAGAAUGGAAAAAACCCAUGAACUGUCCUUCUCCUUCCCAGUCGACAGAUUGUGAUGAUAACUUAAUAUGGUCUGGCUUCCUGUCCCGUUCUAAGAGGCAUAAAGUAGGUGUAGAUAUUUACUUAAUAAAAGGACACUUUGAGCUUCCUUCUUCGGUAUAUCACUUAGAUAUUCCAUUUAGAUCUCCAUUCCCAGUAUCUCACAGACCUCUUGCAUUGCUAAAACUUGAAUCUUCUAAUAAUACACAAGACGAUUUAUUUAAAACUUGCAUUGAAUAUUUUUCUAAUAAACAUCGUGCUGGUUAUAUACCAUUAGGAAAACAAGGAAUUUAUGUUAUUCCUUAUGGUAAUUUUGCUAAAUCUUUAUGUUCUGAUAUCGGACACAAUCAGAUGCUUGGAUUCGUCGUUGAUGCAUCUGUCAUCGAAGAUGUAGAGUAA